GCGCGUCGCGGGAAGAGGGCGGUGGGACCUUCACGCGCGGAGCCAGUCCCCGGGACCCGCGGGCCGGGUGCCCAGACGCUCGCCCGCCCUGGGGCCGGACCCGACGGAGCUGCCGGCCGUCUCCGGGCCCCGCGCGCGGCAGGACCCCCGGGGUCUCGCCGAGCCAUUCAGCCCGGCGCCCGGUGUGGGGGCGCGGCCUUAGGGCCGGGCCCCGCGGGAUUUCCGAUGGAGGCGCAGGAGGCGCCGUCCCGCCGUGGGCUGGAUGCUGAGGUGCCUGCACCCCUGGUGGCUGAGCGGUGGCCGGGCGGGACUGCGCCUCCUGCGGCGACAUCUGUUCACAAUGAAGGUGCAGUCUCCGGAGUUCCAGUCGCUGUUCACGGAGGGGCUGCAGAGCCUCACAGAGUUAUUUGCCAAAGAAAACCACGAGCUGCGGAUAGCAGGCGGCGCCGUGCGGGACCUGCUGACGGGCGUGAAGCCGCAAGACGUGGACUUCGCCACCACCGCCACGCCCGAGCAGAUGAAGGGGCUGUUCCAGGCCGCCGGCGUCCGCAUGAUCAACAACAAGGGGGAGAAGCACGGGACCGUCACGGCCAGGCUGCAUAACGAAAAUUUUGAGAUCACCACACUGCGGAUUGACGUGGUCACGGACGGAAGACACGCGGAGGUGGAAUUCACGACUGACUGGCAGAGAGACGCCGAGCGCCGAGACCUCACUGUCAACUCGAUGUUCCUGGGCUUUGAUGGUACUUUAUAUGACUACUUUAAUGGUUAUGAAGAUUUAAAAAAUAAGAAAGUGAGAUUUGUUGGACAUGCUAAAAAGAGGAUACAAGAAGAUUACCUUAGAAUUUUAAGAUAUUUCAGGUUUUAUGGGAGAAUUGUCGACGAACCUGGUGACCACGAUCCUGAGACUUUGGAAGCAAUUGCAGAAAACGCCAAAGGCCUGGGCGGGAUUUCAGGAGAGAGGAUUUGGGUGGAGCUGAAAAAAAUUCUGGUUGGAAAUCAUGUCAAUCAUUUGGUUCACCUCAUCUACGACCUCGACGUGGCUCCCUACAUAGGUUUACCUGCUAAUGCGAGUUUGGAAGAAUUUGACAAAGUCAGUAAAAAUGUUGACGGAUUUUCACCAAAGCCAAUGACUCUCUUGGCCUCGUUAUUCAAAGUACAGGAUGAUGUCACAAAAUUGGAUUUGAGGUUGAAGAUUUCAAAAGAAGAGAAAAACCUUGGUUUGUUUCUAGUGAAAUACAGGAACGACUUAACUAAAGCAACGGAUAGUUCCGAACCACUGAAACCCUAUCAGGACUUCAUUAUAGAUUCCAGGGAGCCCGACGCCGCCGCCCGCGUCUGGGAGCUGCUGAAGUACCAGGGCCAGCCCGGCCUCCUGCGGGACCUGCAGCAGUGGUCCGUGCCCUCGUUCCCCGUCAGCGGCCACGACAUCAGGAAGGCGGGCAUCUCCUCUGGGAAGGAAAUCGGGGCGCUGCUGCAGCAGCUGCGGGACCAGUGGAAGAAGAGCGGUUACCGGAUGGAGAAGGACGAGCUGCUGAGUCACAUAAAGAAGAGCUAAGUCCGUGAGAGCCGCCGCCAGCAGGACAGCUCGGUAAGCCGCUCGCACCUCUGCCCUGGGGAGGCUCAAGAGACUCGAGUAGCGGCGUGAAGGCAGCCGAGGGUCUUCAGAGAAUAAAGCCUUUUACACUCUGGGAGUCGCUGUACUUCAGGCAUGAGGUGAAGGCUACCUCCCCUCUGGAGCACAGACCACGUGCCACUCUGCACAUGGCCUCCCACGAUCCCCACGUCACAGGAGUGUCACCGGUGCUGUCCAACAGCCCCGAACGUUCUCCUGGAAUAGUUCCUACUGAGAAGAGGCUAGUUGGCCUUGCCCGUGUAACCUGUGUAGGCUGUAGCUGUACCCUGGCCUUUUAUAAUUGGCUUUCCUUCUUGUGUA